UUGAUUGUUUUCAUUUUCAGUUCAUGAGCACUUUUAGAUUUUUAUUUCAGCAAUUGCAUGUUUGUUGAUUGACAGCUAGCUGAGAACUAGCUUACUUAGAUCGCCACUGGCGUUGGUAUAAAAGUCCAUCAUGCCCGUGGUUGAAGGAGAGGAUACUGAAUCUGAUGAGGAAGUUGAGCCUACUGGGGCGAAAGAAACACCCGAUGUUAGUUCCCUGGCGAAAGCAAGGACAGUUGUGUCAGGCGAAGAGUCUGAAACUGAGGAUGAAGACGAGGAGGACGCUUCUUCUCUUGUGGAACCAAUGACUGUUGAAGAAGACCAGAAGAGCACCAAAUUAAUUGGCGUGGAUAUUCGAGAUAAACUGAAGGAGCUUACAAAGAGGCAGCCAUCUGGGGGUGCAUCGAAGCGACGUACCAAACGCGAUCCGAAAUACGAAACGUUACUUCACCGGAAGUUAAGGGAAGAUUUGACGUUAGUGCGCAAAGACCUGAAUAGCCAGAUCUGUGGUCUUUACCGCUCCCUGACGAAAGAUAUGCAGCAGCAGAGAAACCACCUCCGCACCGUGCAUAGUUUUGUUGAGGAUGCUGGCAACAACUUCCGGUCCGCACAAGACGACCUGCGCAUGAUCGAGGAGUCUCUGAACCUUGCCUUCUCCGGUAAUUACUUACCGAACCUCACACUGCCCAGAGGUGCAGCUAGUCGGGAAGCAACACCAGCGUCGCCAUCUUUACCGUCUUCGUCAUAAGUAACCUUGUCGAAAGUUGCACUGUUACACGUCAUAUUCUCUCUGAAUCACAGAAACUAACAUGAAACCUCUUUAGGACAUAUUCAAAAAUUAAACUCAUCUCUCUCGUGCCGCUGGUUGGCUUUUUUUUAACAAGCAAGUGGGCACCAUCUGCAUAGUUUGGGUCCGUUGCUGUCCUUUUGUUCGGUAUGAUGCGGUGCGUGAUGCUGAUCUUAAUUUGUUUGGUUUUGCUAAGUGACAAGCAUCGGUCUGUGCACUGAUCAAUAAUUUCUCGGUCUGUGCUUUGUUGCUACUUGUCAAGUCUUUUCUUUCAUUUCUUUUACUCAAAUUUCUUCUUGUCUAUCGAAUGUUCUUCACAUUAGCAUUUCAUUGUCUUUUUAUUGUAUGGAGUUAUACGAGUGUUGUAACUCGUGGCGGGUGUAGAUCUACUACCCGCUGGAUUCUUGGCAAGACCUACUACACAACACUAGUACCGGUAUAUACAAGUAUACUUUCCUCGGUGCAUUUAUGUGUCUACUAUUGGAAUUGUGAACCUGAGUAGAUCUUUACCCGGAGCA